UGCUGUAUACGGUGGAUUUUUGUGCACAUGUGUGUUCUGCUGUAUAUGGCGGUUUUUAUGCACACGUGUGUUCUGCUGUAUACGGUGGAUUUUUAUGCACACGUGUGUCCUGCUGUAUACGGUGGGUUUUUAUGCACACGUGUGUUCUGCUGUAUAAGGCGGUUUUUAUGCACACGUGUGUUCUGCUGUAUACGGCGGUUUUUAUGCACACGUGUGUUCUGCUGUAUACGGUGGAUUUUUAUGCACACGUGUGUUCUGCUGUAUACGGUGGAUUUUUGUGCACACGUGUGUUCUGUAUACGGUGGAUUUUUGUGCACACGUGUGUUCUGCUGUAUAAGGCGGUUUUUAUGCACACGUGUGUUCUGCUGUAUACGGUGGAUUUUUAUGCACACGUGUGUUCUGCUGUAUACGGUGGAUUUUUGUGCACACGUGUGUUCUGCUGUAUAAGGCGGUUUUUAUGCACACGUGUGUCCUGCUGUAUACGGUGGAUUUUUAUGCACACGUGUGUUCUGCUGUAUACGGUGGAUUUUUAUGCACACGUGUGUUCUGCUGUAUACGGCGGUUUUUAUGCACACGUGUGUUCUGCUGUAUACGGUGGAUUUUUAUGCACACGUGUGUUCUGCUGUAUACGGUGGAUUUUUGUGCACACGUGUGUUCUGCUGUAUAAGGCGGUUUUUAUGCACACGUGUGUCCUGCUGUAUACGGUGGAUUUUUAUGCACACGUGUGUUCCGCUGUAGACGAUGGGUUUUUUUGCACACGUGUGUUCUGCUGUAUAUGGCGGUUUUUAUGCACACGUGUGUUCUGCUGUAUACGGUGGAUUUUUGUGCACACGUAUGUUCUGCUGUAUACGGUGGAUUUUUGUGCACACGUGUGUUCUGCUGUAUACGGUGGAUUUUAUGCACACGUGUGUCCUGCUGUAUACGGUGGAUUUUUAUGCACACGUGUGUUCUGCUGUAUACGGUGGAUUUUUAUGCACACGUGUGUCCUGCUGUAUACGGUGGGUUUUUAUGCACACGUGUGUUCUGCUGUAUACGGUGGAUUUUUAUGCACACGUGUGUUCUGCUGUAUACGGUGGAUUUUUAUGCACACGUGUGUUCUGUAUACGGUGGAUUUUUGUGCACACGUGUGUCCUGCUGUAUACGGUGGAUUUUUAUGCACACGUGUGUUCCGCUGUAGACGAUGGGUUUUUUUGCACACGUGUGUUCUGCUGUAUAUGGCGGUUUUUAUGCACACGUGUGUUCUGCUGUAUACGGUGGAUUUUUGUGCACACAGGAAAUCAGUGAAUCAAUAA